ACAUAAAGGUACCUCUGGUGUUGUUGUGUCCACAGAGAGUCCGUAGCGGUGAGUGGAAAGGCUUCAGUGGUAAAAGCAUCACGGACGUUGUGAACAUCGGCAUCGGGGGCUCUGACCUGGGCCCUCUGAUGGUGACCGAGGCUCUGAAGCCGUAUUCAGCUGGAGGACCAAACGUUUGGUUCGUCUCCAACAUCGACGGGACUCACAUGGCCAAGACCCUCGCUCAGCUCAACGCAGAGACCACUCUCUUCAUCAUCGCCUCCAAGACGUUCACCACUCAGGAGACCAUCACCAACGCAGAGUCUGCCAGAGACUGGUUCCUCCAGACAGCCCACGAUAAAUCUGCGGUGGCCAAACAUUUCGUGGCUCUGUCGACCAAUGCAGUCAAAGUGAAAGACUUCGGCAUCGACACCGACAACAUGUUUGAGUUCUGGGACUGGGUGGGAGGUCGUUACUCUCUGUGGUCGGCCAUCGGUCUGUCCAUCGCUCUGCACAUCGGCUUUGAGAACUUUGAGCAGCUUCUGUCCGGAGCUCACUGGAUGGACAACCACUUCCUCAGCGUCCCUCUGCAGCAGAACGUCCCCGUCCUGCUGGCGCUGCUCGGUGUUUGGUACGUCAACUUCUUCCAGGCGGAGACUCACGUCAUGCUGCCCUACGACCAGUACAUGCACCGCUUCGCUGCCUACUUCCAACAGGGCGACAUGGAGUCUAACGGUAAAUACAUCACCAAAGACGGCGUUCGUGUCAACUAUCACACCGGACCAAUCGUGUGGGGAGAACCGGGGACCAAUGGACAGCACGCCUUCUACCAGCUGAUCCACCAAGGUCUAUAUAUAUAUAUACACACACACACACACACACACACACACACUAGUGCUGGGCAACAAUUAACA